ACUACCAUUAUCAUACCGAGGGAUUCGAGCCAGGUGGAACUAGAGCACGGAAUGGGAUCUCCACGGAACUGGAUCACGUCACCUACGAGUGUGGUCUCGAACAUCGAUUUUAACGGGGCGUUAUACGGAAUAGGCCGUCGGUAGUCCGAAGGCGGUGGGAGGUUCUAUAUAUAGAAAAGGGAAAAGCAAUGUUAGGAAAACGCAUCGUGAGGACCCCAUUAACCCAGAGAAGGAGGACAACUAGUAAGAGGCUCUGCUUAUCUGAGGGGCGGCGUAGUCUUGAUUUUAUUUCGCGGCGUUGUGUGCGUUUUUACGAUGCUUCCGCAUGCCUGGAAGCAGGUACUAUACCGAACCGAAGGAUAGCUUACAACAGAAAACCAAGAAAAAGGGGGACGGGGACCCAAAGGGGGGGCAUAUCACGAUAAUCCAUGAGUGCUCCCCCCCCCCCCUUCCUCCCUCCCUCUAUACGAGCGACCGCGGCCCUAACGAGCGAGAUAAGAAGAAGACCGGGACGAGUCGAGUGGGAACAAACAGCGGCUCCCCGUCGCGUCGCUCGCUCGCUCGAAAAUACCUACCCGACCGGGAGACUAAGCCGCCUCUUCGCUCCCAGCCUUCGCCCCACCGACGCCGCCGUCUCCGUCGCCGCAUAGGUCUGCAUAUAGUUCGCGGCCUAGUGGGCAGAUACGCAGACGGACAGAUAGACAGACCCAGACGGGUUGUGUCGAAAGAUAGGGCAGAUUGGGUUAGACCGGGCGCGAGCACGGACGCGGCGGAGAGCGCACCACAGCUACACAGCGGAGAGCCACUACCUACCUUACCUACCUACGUACAGGCUAGCUACGCAGCGGCGAGCCGCCACCACCACCACCACCACCAACAGCUACGCAGUGCGUCGCGGGCGGGCGGUGGUCGGUCGGGUCUAGACUCCUUCGCCGACCUUGAACCGGACGCGUUCGCAGCCUCAUGCCGCAUCCCGCAGCAGCAGCGGCGAAACGCGAGGAAGAGGGGGGGGAGGGAGAGAGGGAGGGACGGGGGGAGAGGGCAUACCUAGGUAUGUAGGUAGGACAUCCCACACCCCCUUCGUCCCCCCUCCCUCCCCCCCGCCGACGUAGGUAACAAGCGCGGCCAACCAGGUGCGCCCCGGGGCUCCCGGGGGCUCGCGCGCGAGUGGCC